CAUCACUGCAAAUGAUCCAGUGGAUGGAAUGCUCAAAGAUGUUAAACCUCCGCAUGACUUGUAAUAAACCUCUUUAAACAAAACCACCCAUCAACCCUCUUUCUAUUUUCUUUGAAUUAUUCAAACAACAAAGCCAGAAACUUUGAUGAAACCCCAACAUAGUCUCAUUUGAAGAGAGCAAAAAAAAAAAAAAAACCCAGAAAAGUUUUAGUUUCAUAACGGGUAAAGGUAGUGCAAAAUGGAAGAAAGUAACAGUAACAAUAGCACAGUAAACAAUGUGGCUAGAGCCAUCGUUGCAGCCCUUGAUUGGAACUCUACUCCUGAUGCUCGCAAAGCUGCCGUUUCUUACCUUGAAUCUAUUAAAGCAGGAGAUAUACGGGUUUUGGCAAACACAUCAUUCUUAUUAGUUAAAAAGGAUUGGUCUUCAGAAAUACGAUUACAUGCAUUUAAAAUGCUACAGCACUUGGUUCGAUUGCGGUGGGAGGAAUUCAGUCUCUCAGAACGUAGGAACUUUUCAAACGUUGCUGUUGAGUUAAUGUCUGAAAUUGCAGAUCCUUGUGAGGAAUGGGCUUUGAAAAGUCAAACGGCUGCCCUAGUUGCUGAGGUAGUUAGAAGAGAAGGACUAAAUCUUUGGCAAGAGCUGUUUCCAUCGCUAGUUUCCCUAUCCAGCAAGGGCCCUGUUCAAGCUGAGUUGGUCUCAAUGAUGCUGAGAUGGCUUCCUGAAGAUAUUACAGUCCACAAUGAAGAUUUGGAAGGUGAUCGGCGUAGAUUACUGUUACGUGGACUUACUCAAUCUUUGCCAGAAAUUUUGCCACUACUAUACACAUUAUUGGAAAGGCAUUUCGGGGAAGCAUUGAGUGAGGUGGGUAGACAACAUCUUGACAUAGCAAAACAGCAUGCGGCUGCUGUAACAGCUACUUUAAAUGCCAUAAAUGCCUAUGCCGAAUGGGCACCUUUGUCUGAUCUUGCUAAAUUCGGCAUCAUUCAUGGGUGUGGUUUCCUACUUUCUUCUCUUGAUUUUCGCCUUCAUGCUUGUGAGUUUUUCAAACUAGUCUCUCCAAGAAAGAGACCUGCUGACGACUUUGCUUCUGAAUUUGAUUCUGCAAUGAGUAGCAUCUUUCAAAUCUUGAUGAAUGUAUCUCGGGAAUUCUUGGUCAGAUCUAACUCAGCAGGUGGGGCAAUAGAUGAAAGUGACUUCGAGUUUGCAGAAUAUGUUUGUGAAAGUAUGGUAUCUUUGGGUUCCUCAAACUUGCAAUGUAUUCUCAGAGACAGCAGUACGUCCGCUCUCUACUUACAGCAGAUGCUUGGGUUCUUUCAACAUUUUAAGCUAGCUCUUCAUUAUCAAUCCCUGCAAUUUUGGUUGGCACUGAUGCGGGAUUUGAUGUCAAAGCCGAAGCUUUCAGUGCAUUCAUCUGGAGAAGGGUCAGCUGCUAGCAAUACAGACUCAAAUUCAGCUCAGGUUGACAAUGAAAAGAGAAAGAUUUUAAGUUUUCUCAAUGAUGAUAUUUGUAGUACGAUUCUGGAUAUAUCAUUCCAACGCAUGCUUAAGAAAGAAAGGCUUAUCACCGGAAAAGCCCUUUCUCUAGGGGCUUUGGAGUUGUGGAGUGAUGACUUUGAAGGAAAGGGUGAUUUCGGCCAGUACCGUUCUAGACUUUUUGAGUUAAUCAGGUUUAUUGCUUCAAACAAGCCCCUUGUGGCUGGUGCUAAAGUUUCCGAAAGAAUUAUUAUGAUCAUUAAGAACCUCUUGAACUCUCCAAUGCCUGCUGAGGACUUAGCAGUGAUGGAAAGCAUGCAAGUAGCUCUGGAAAGUGUUGUUAGCUCUAUUUUUGAUGGUUCGAAUGAGUUUGCGGGGGGUAGUUCAGAAGUUCACGUUGCUUUAUGUGGAAUAUUUGAAGGUUUACUUCGGGAACUUCUUUCAUUGAAUUGGACUGAGCCUGCCCUUGUGGAAGUACUUGGGCACUAUCUAGAUGCAAUGGGUCCCUUCCUGAAGUAUUUCUCGGAUGUAGUUGGUAGUGUCAUCAAUAAGCUAUUUGAGCUCCUAAAUUCACUUCCUUUUGUUGUUAAGAAUCCUUCGACGAGCAGUGCACGGCAUGCAAGGUUGCAAAUUUGUACAUCAUUUAUUCGGAUAGCCAAAGCUGCUGACAAAAGUAUUCUGCCUCACAUGAAGGGUAUUGCUGAUACCAUGGUGUAUUUGCAAAGAGAAGGCCGUCUGCUUCGCGGUGAGCAUAAUCUUCUAGGUGAAGCAUUUCUUGUUAUAGCAUCUGCUGCAGGGGUUCAACAGCAGCAAGAAGUUUUGGCAUGGUUACUUGAACCCUUGAGCCAACAAUGGAUACAAAUAGAAUGGCAAAACAAUUACUUGUCCGAACCUCUUGGACUAGUUCGUUUAUGCUCCGAGACAGCAUUUAUGUGGUCACUGUUCCACACUGUCACAUUCUUUGAGAAAGCACUCAAGAGGAGUGGAAUGAGGAAAGGCCAAAGCAGCUCAACAUCAAGUUCUACCCCACAUCCAAUGGCUUCUCAUCUGUCUUGGAUGCUUCCUCCCCUCUUAAAACUGCUUCGUGCUAUACAUUCCCUUUGGUCACCAUCAGUAUUCCAAGUAUUACCUGGGGAGAUUAAAGCAGCAAUGAGCAUGAGUGAUGUGGAGCGGUCUAGUCUUCUUGGCGUUGGGAACCCCAAAUUGUCAAAGGGGGCAUUAACUUUCAUAGAGGGAUCUCCAUUUGAUGUGAAUAAGGAAGGGUAUACUGAACCAAAUGAAGCUGAUAUACGGAAUUGGUUAAAGGGUAUCAGAGACAGUGGGUACAAUGUAUUGGGACUAUCUGCAACCAUUGGAGAUCCGUUUUUCAAAGGCAUUGAUGUUGAUUCUGUUGCUUUAGCUCUAAUUGAGAAUAUACAGUCAAUGGAGUUCAGACAUACAAGGCAGCUUGUUCAUUCUGUUUUGAUUCCUUUGGUUAAGUGUUGUCCUCCCGACAUGUGGGGGGUAUGGCUGGAAAAGCUACUGCACCCGUUAUUUGUCCACUGUCAGCAAGCUCUGAGCUGUUCAUGGUUUGGUCUUCUGCAUGAAGGCCGGGCGAAGGUUCCCGAUAAUCAUGGUAUCCUUACUGGGUCAGACUUGAAAGUGGAAGUAAUGGAAGAGAAGUUACUCCGAGAUUUAACUCGUGAGAUAUGUUUGCUCCUUUCUACUAUAGCGUCACCUGGAUUAAACACUAGCCUUCCUGCUUUAGAACAUUCGGGGCAUGUUGGUCGCGUGGACAUGUCUUCUCUUAAAGAUUUGGAUGCAUUUGCACCAAGCUCUAUGGUUGGUUUCCUUUUGAAGCACAAAAGCCUGGCAAUUCCAGUACUCCAAAUAUCGUUAGAAGCAUUUACUUGGACAGACAGUGAAGCUGUGACCAAAGUUUGUUCUUUCUCUGCUUCUGUGGUUCUUCUAGCUAUACUUACGAACAAUGUCGAUCUCCGGGAAUUUGUUUCGAGAGAACUAUUUUCUGCUCUCAUCCGAGGUCUAGCCCUCGAGUCAAAUGCUUUUAUCAGCGCUGAUCUGGUUAACCUCUGUCGCGAAAUAUUCAUUUAUCUCUGUGACAGAGAUCCGGCUCCCAGACAGAUUUUACUUUCCCUCCCUUGUAUUACCCCAAACGAUUUACAUGCCUUUGAAGAAGCCUUGACAAAGACCGCAAGUCCGAAAGAACAAAAGCAGCAUAUGAGAAGCUUGCUUUUAUUAGCUACUGGGAACAACCUAAAAGCUCUUGCUGCUCAGAAAAAUGUAAACAUUAUUACAAAUGUUACUGCGCGGCCACGUGGUCCAGUCAAUGCUCCAGGAAAUGGAAUCGAGGAGGGCGACAGCGUGGGCUUGGCAGCUAUACUGUGACGGAUUUUUCUGGAUUCGGUGUUUGUACAGAAAGUUUAACCCGGAAAUGAAAAAAGAAACAUCUUUGACAGACAGUUAAUACAAUGAGGUAGAUGGAAGCUUUUUUCUUUCUUUCUUUCUUUCGUUUUGCAUCUUAUGAUCUGAAAUAGAAUUUACUGGGCUGAUUCUCGCACCAUGUUUGUUAUCCUAAUAUUUAUUCCAUCUCUUUGGCUGACUAUAACAUCAAACUACUUAUAUUUUGGUGGUGGCAAUCUUUUUCGUUACUUGGACUCAGGAUGAGUGCCGGAUAAGUGGGAUAUUGAUAUUUGUUGGAUAUGAAUAUAUUCAAUUCAUUUUUAAGUUUUAUAUAUUUGAAGCAUCAUAA